AUGUCGGCCUUUGUUUUGCGUUGAGGUUGCAAAACAUUAGGGGAGCAAUUGAUACGUUAAAAAGCGACGUGUUGAGUAGUGGUCAUCUUAAUAGCUAAUUAUAUCUAUUUCAAGGCUUGCUGUUUUUCUCGGUGAAGCUUUUAUUGGUGAAAAUUCGGUGUUAUCGAAACGCGGCCUUUUACUGUCAAAUCACCGUCGGACGGAAAUUAACUAGCCUACUGUAGGCUAUAGGAUAAAAAUCUAUAUUCACGAAUAUAACGAAGCCUUAUUCAGGUGUCAGCUGGUCUGUGUGAUUUUUACAAACCCAGUUUUCCAAGUGGAGCGUGGCCUGAACACAUCACAGAGGGACAAUGAGCGAGCUGGAACAGUUACGGCAGGAAGCGGAGCAACUACGCAAUCAAAUCCGGGAUGCUAGGAAAGCCUGUAGUGACUCCACUCUUUCGCAGAUCACAGCUGGUCUGGACUCAGUGGGCCGGAUACAGAUGAGAACGCGACGCACUCUCAGGGGCCACCUCGCCAAGAUCUAUGCAAUGCACUGGGGCACCGACUCCAGGUUACUUGUAAGUGCCUCCCAGGAUGGCAAAUUGAUCAUUUGGGACAGCUACACAACAAACAAGAUGCAUGCCAUCCCGCUGCGCUCCUCCUGGGUGAUGACCUGUGCAUACGCGCCCUCUGGGAACUAUGUGGCGUGCGGAGGCCUGGACAACAUCUGCUCCAUCUACAGCCUGAAGACCCGUGAGGGCAACGUGCGUGUCACCCGCGAGCUGCCCGGACACACAGGCUAUUUGUCUUGCUGUCGUUUCCUGGACGACAACCAGAUUGUGACUAGUUCCGGGGACACCACCUGCGCUUUGUGGGACAUCGAGACUGGCCAGAUGGCCACCAGCUUCACGGGCCACACGGGAGACGUGAUGAGCCUGUCCCUCAGCCCUGACUUCAAGACCUUUGUGUCGGGGGCCUGUGACGCGUCCUCCAAGCUGUGGGAUGUCCGGGACGGCAUGUGCAGGCAGUCCUUCACUGGCCACGUGUCCGACAUCAACGCCGUCUGCUUCUUCCCCAACGGCAACGCCUUUACCACGGGCUCGGACGACGCCACCUGUCGACUGUUCGACCUGCGUGCUGACCAAGAGCUGAUGAUGUACUCGCACGACAACAUCAUCUGCGGCAUCACCUCGGUGGCCUUCUCCAAGAGUGGCCGCCUGCUGCUGGCUGGCUACGACGACUUCAACUGCAACGUGUGGGACACCCUCAAGGCCGAGCGCGCAGGUGUCCUGGCCGGUCACGACAACAGGGUGAGCUGUUUAGGCGUGACAGACGACGGCAUGGCCGUAGCUACGGGCUCAUGGGACAGUUUCCUCCGAAUCUGGAACUAAACCCUCCACAUCACCUCCACCUCCUUCUCUAUCCCCCCUCCACCAACCCACCCACCCACACCACAGGGCUGGACUUGAGGGUGAACACUGUGUCUUCUACCCCCCCCCCCACCAACCCACCACCAACUCCACAACACAGGCAAAGUCCCCCCUGUCCAACUCAUCCCCUCACCCAACCACCCUCCAACCGCCCAAGCCACAGCCAGCGCCGCUGUGGGAAAGUAACAACUCUUUCUACCUUUCCAAGUGACGUUUUUUUACCCACCUAUUACACAGAGGUUUUCAAGUACGUACAGUUAGUGUCCAAUAAAAAAUAAAUGAUGAGACGAGAUUUUAAAACAUUUGCAAAAAAAAAAACACAAAAAAACCUGGCAUCCCCUCUUCUUUUCAGACAGGGGGGGAAUAGAGCGCAUGUUACCGUGGUUACCGCCAAAUUAGAGGACAGUCUGUGUGUAAUAUGUAAAUGUAUAUAUAAAUACAGUAUAUAUGUAUAGCAUUAUGUGUGUAUAUAUGCAUCAUAUAACCACAUAUAAUGUGUAUGUAUAUACUUUUGUAGUUUAUUUCCCACCCUUAAGUUUUUUUGUUUUGUUUAUUUUUUUUUUGCCUUAUGUUUUACUUGUUUAAUGUAUAUAAUAUUCACAGUACUACACGAUAACACAAUUCCGAUUUUGUCACUUGCCCCAUGUACAACAUAAUGUACAUGUCAGUAUGCAUGUGUGUGUGAGUGUGUGUAUGUGCGUGUGAUGGUCUACCGGCAAAGGUAUACACACGUUCUAUAACUAUAAUACUGUAUAUUCACAUGUUGAUGAUUGCGGUAACGAUAGGAGUUGUGAUCUGUUGGCAUUCCUCUAAACAAACAUGGCUUUCUUUUCUAAACAGAGCCGUUGUGGUCGUUUGUAGAGACAGCUUCUAGACUACAAAGGUUAGGUUUUAGUCUUGGCGGCGUUUUAGCCCAAUCCAUUUUCUAGAAACUGGUUUAACUAGGUAUUGAUACACAGCUCCCGUAGUUGUUUGGAGGCACAGUCUCGCUAAGCCCCUCUAACAAACUCAAACAGCGUGAAACGACGGCCUAGAGAGACACUCGCAGGGGUCUCGGGCUGUGUUCAAAACCGCUGUUGUAUGGCGAAUAGUAUAACAUCACUCCCACGCCUUGCAAAUCAACAAGUGUGAUAUGGAAUAAAUAUGUUGCGAUCAUUCACUAAUAGAGACUUUACUGCAUAUACCCGAAAGCCUUUACGUCUCCACUGCGGAUGGAGACGGGGGCCGGUCUGAAACCUAGGGCCAAAAGGUCUGAAACGUAGGGCCCCAAACUGACAGGGGGGCUACUGGGAUCCUGGAGCUACUGGGAGCUAGCUCAAGCCUGUAUUGUAAGACUAAAUAAGUACUGAGAACCAGAAAUGCUGGCAGUCUAUACAAUCUCUACCAUAGGCUGGUCAGUAGAAGCAUUGUGAAAAGAUGUGAAAAGGAAAGACUGCUCACUAUAUGAGCAGUGAGUGACUCUCAUAAUUCCUUCCCUAUGAGUGGACAUGAGGGAAGAUGCUUGUAAUAGCUUUUUGCUAUGUCCUCUUCAAUUCUAGGGAUUUUAUUUUAUUUUAUUGAUGACCAUCAAUAGGGUGGUUUAGUUGAGUGUGGAAUGUAACGCUCUUGGUUCAGAAAUCUCGUCAGCCACUCAAAAUCACACUAGUGCCACCACGAGCCUGUAAAAAAAGAAAUGCUUGAAAAAAAAAAUCUCUGUAUUUAACACGUAACGUUUCUUCUCACCAAAACAAAUGUUAUGAACAGUUUUAAGUAUUGCUAGCAAAGAAAGUACACUUGGUAGAGAGCUAGAUAAUGCACACAUACACAACAAACUGUAGUCCAAAUGUAAGCAAAGAGCACAUGCAACAUACUCACCAAUAGAGGAAAGGGGGUAUCUCUCACAAUACUUUGUUAGUUUGUGCAUCAGUCAUUUUCCGUUUUUCUCGCAAGAUAACUUUGGUUGGGAGGCAACGCUUCAAUAAGGGUGCCUAUUUUUGAGUUAUACACCCUAACAUCCUAAAAUAUCUAGAUAAGAGUACAUGGAUUGGAUCCAUGUGGAAUGGAUCAGAAUGGUCUGUGGCUUGAGAUCAGUUAAAUCUCCAUUCUGCCUUACUGUACAUGCUACGAAGCCAAUCCCAUUGCCAACAUUGACCGGAACUGGUCAGGAACUCAAAUGUUGGGCCUGCUUGUUCAAGACUUUGGCUUUUUAUCUCCACCUGUAGGCAGUUCACUUGACCUCAAUCACCCAGUCGCCUAAUGAGGCUCCACUAUUUCAAGUGGGCCCAAGAGAAUGUGAAAGUAAUUGUCCAGUGAAAAUCUUAUUUUUAAAAGUUCAUAUUCUGUCAACUCAUACCCAAAUCAUGUUAUUGACUCAUCCUAUACUCGUAUUUGUGGCCAAAGCUUAACUUGGGGACAAAACAAUUAAAAAAAAUAAUAAUAAUUUCCUCAUAGAGGAUGAGCUGGCCAAUCAGCGGGCUAAUCUUUUUAAUGACCGGUCAAUGCCCACACAGUUCUGUUGUUGGGGUAUGCCCACACCAUUCCAACACAGAAAUCUGCUUUUUAACAUACAAUAAAAUAAGUGAUUAUAGGUCAUAUUUCAUAGAAAUCUGGAAACACUGGACAGUUACUUUAAAAGAUAAUUGUCUCCUUUUCAAAUAUUGGCACUGGGUAAAGAAUGAGGCAGGCAAUAACCUGCUAUAACAAAGUCAAAUGAUUUGCUGAAAUCAAGCAAUUGUGAAGCACAGAGACUCGUCAGUACUAUAGUAAACACUAAAAGCCAAGCUUACAGAUGACCACAACCGAAGAACUGCAAACAGCAUGCAUCUUCCAAUAGCUUCUCGAAAGUGCUGUACAUUAUUUUAUACAAUUCUGCUUUCUGUCGUACAAUUUGUUGUAUUUAUUGAUUACAAAGAAAACCCUUUGAUCAUUUAGUGAUUUAUAGUAGCCGUUUAUUUGGUUGUACGUUUUUAGCUGUUUUACCUGGCUUUGCAUUAAUUAAUUUGAGAAUAAAUGUAAAAGAAAUGGCUGGCGGUUUAUUAAGCCCCCAAAAACACAAAAUCCUUGACCUGACUUGGAUGUAAAAUGUAUUCCAUAUCAGUGUUGAAAUUCUCACUGAUCUGUGUGGGUAACAUACAUGCCGGUAAUAAGUGUUACUUUUCGCAUUUGUGCCAAUGUUACCCACUGACCCUGAGCUGUGAACUGAAAACAUGUCAUAAUUGACAACUCAUUGUGUUUCUUCGCUUGCUUACAGAAAGUGCCAGCUUUUUCCCCCUGAAUCAAAAUCUAAUCCGUGUCAUUUUUUUACACUUGGCCUGUAAACAAGGUCCUCUGUUGACUUCAUAAGGUGCCCAAUAAAAGAGAAGUGUCCAGAACUUAUGGAUAUUCCUUCAAUGUUACUGAAUCACUUUCUGUUUUGCUUUCAUUUCCCCAUAUGAAAUUAAUCUACCCAUUGUGAAUGAUGAGGAUCCAAUGAGAGAAACGUAGCCCUUUUAAGACAGGAAAUACAGAUGGCAGAUAAAAUGGCAGGAUGAAGUUUGGUCAUUUUACAUCAACAUGGCUGCCAGGGAACCUUACCCAAACUCCUGAAAGCAACUUUGAAGUUGGUUGUGUUGAUUCUUCAGCUCAGACAUCAUCUGUGACAAUACAGCACCACAGCCCUUACUAGCCAAAAAAAAAAAAAAAAAGUAUAUUCUAUAACACAAAGAACACCCCAGAGGCUUGACCACAGUGCUCAAUAAGAUGCAACAGUAUUAUUACUAAAAUAGUGAACGCAUUAACAUGUGCCUGUGCAGUCCCAAUGAUCAGGUUAGUUUGCUGGGACCAAUGGUUUCUAGGCAUCAAUAGUCAAAGGUGCUCAAUCUCCCUGUAUUUGACCAUGUCAUUGUAUUUCCUUUGUCUCCUUUAGCUGUAUUCAUCAUAUGAAACAACUAUGUCAUAAGAGCAGUCGUGACAGCAUGUGCUCUACCGGAUGGGAUGCCGAGACCCAGUCUGCAACGAACACAGCGUGUGUUGGUUUUCAAGUCUCCUUGACAUACAUAGCCAAAGUAAUUGAAAAGCCUGAGCUUGUACUUGCCUGGAUUUACAGGUCUAAGGGAAAAGUAAGUAAGUAAAUCAGCAUGCGUUGCGUUUACAUGUGAACUGUUCACUCGUGGACUGAGGUGGAAUAUUAUCCAUGCAUCGAAGCAGUGUUUUAGAGGGGUUCUUUUAAAAAUCGUAAAACGGAGUAGCGCAUAUAUCGAGAGAAACAAACAUUGAAGUUGUACCCCAGCUGUCCUUUUGAUAAUUAGCGUUACAUUUUGCGAUCACCACAAACACAAAUUAAUGCACUGCCUUUUGGCUCUGAUGUAUUCUGACAGUCUUAUUUAUUUUUUGUGUUUUAAAGCUAGUGAAAACCAGGGACAUGGUGCCAUCAUUUCUCUUAGUGAUAUUGUGUGAAAUUAUAAUCACUUGUUAUGGAAUAAUUUUUUAUAGUCUUUUUCACACCAAUUCUUUUUGUGUAUUUGUACAGUGGCUUGGUGAUACUGAUAUGUUGCCAUGAGUUGAUAUUGUAACCAAUAAAAAAAGCUUUAACCAAG